AUGGGCGCCUUGAAUCGAGUGUUCCCAGACAAGCAAGAUCAUAACAUUUCUCUGUCCCCAUCUCAGACGAAUGUCUCUCUUACACCUUUUGGCGGCAACAGCACUUUCGAAGGUGAUAUGGACGAGGUCAAGAGGCCUCUAUCCGCACGAGUUAUCGAUUCCUUCCGUCGAGACAUACACGCUUCAGUGACACGUGGUAGUAUUGGUGGACGCAGGAGAUCUUACGAUGCUGAGGCUGCUGCGGUCGCAACCGCAAACAGCCCACUGGUUAGAAGAUUAAAGGGAAGACAUUUACAGAUGAUCGCCAUCGGUGGUUCCAUAGGAACUGGCCUCUUCAUAGGUACAGGUCGCGCACUGGCCCUCGGCGGGCCCGCCUCUAUCCUCAUCGCCUACUGUUUAAUCGGAGGUAUGAUCUUCUGCACGGUCCAAGCACUUGGUGAAAUGGCCGUCAUGUUUCCUGUCGCUGGCUCUUUUGCUGCCUAUUCAACAAGAUUUAUCGACCCUGCUCUCGGUUUCGCUAUGGGCUGGAACUAUUUGAUGCAGUGGCUUGUUGUUCUUCCCUUGGAAAUUGUGGCAGCCAGCAUUACUGUUGAUUACUGGAGUCCCAACAUAAGGCUAAAUGCUCUCUGGGUCGCUAUCUUCUGGAUAUUGAUCUGCUGUAUUAACCUUUUUGGAGUUAGAGCUUAUGGAGAGGCCGAGUUUGUCUUCUCUACUGUCAAGGUCACUGCUGUCAUCGGCUACAUCAUCCUCGGAUCCAUCAUCAACAUCUGUGGAGGCCCAGGUGCCAGCUAUCUCGGCUUCACAUAUUGGCAAGUUCCAGGCGCUUUCAACCAUGGCUUUAAAGGUCUAUGUUCGACCUUCGUCACGGCUGCAUUCGCUUUUGCUGGGACAGAAUUAGUAGGUCUGGCUGCCGCGGAGACCCAGAAUCCACGGAAGACUCUCCCCGUUGCAAUUAAACAAGUCUUUUGGAGAAUUGCAACUUUCUACAUCGCUUCAGUCCUGCUUAUCGGCACGCUCGUAAGAUACAACGACGAGCGACUCCUGUCUGGCAGUAGCGAUUACGAUGCCAAGGCUAGUCCUUUCGUUAUCUCCAUUCAGAACGCAGGCAUUCAGGUCCUGCCUAGUGUCAUGAACGCCGUGAUCAUGAUCUCAGUGUUAUCUGUCGGAAAUUCAGCCAUCUACGGUUCCUCACGUACAUUGGCUGCACUGGCAGAGCAAGAGCAGGCACCUUCCAUCUUCCGCUAUAUCGAUCGUAAGGGUCGACCUCUUGCUGCCAUCCUUCUUGCUUCCCUGCUUGGCGCCCUAGCCUUUGCUGCAGCGAGCACAAUUCAGGUAGAGCUGUUCAAUUGGCUCCUUGCACUCUCUGGUUUGUCAUCGAUAUUCACCUGGGGUUCAAUUUGUUUGGCACAUAUCCGCUUCCGUCGUGCAUGGCGAGUACAAGGCUACAGUCUAGACGAACUGGGCUGGCAAUCUCCUACAGGCAUCUGGGGCAGUUAUGUGGGAUUUACCAUGAACGCCCUCGUACUGGUUGCGCAAUUCUGGACGGGUUUCAGCCCUGUCGGUCACGAGCAGCAUGAUACGAACUGGUUGGUGAAAAACUUCUUUCAGGCAUACCUGACUGUACCUAUAGUCGCCCUGUUUUUCAUCGUGUAUAAAUUUUGGAGGAGAACAAAAUUCGUGAAGUUGAGAGAUGUGGAUUUGUUCACAGGGCGUAGAGAACUAAACUUGAAAGUUCUCGUGGCUCAGGAGAGGGAAGAGCGUAUGCACUGGCCGAGGUGGAAGAAGUUGUACAAGUUCUUAUGCUAA